AUGUUACGACGGUGCGCUUUCCGCUGUAAUACUGCGGCUGCUGCUUCCACUGUUGUUAUCCCCACUACUACUAACAGUAAUACUAAUAGUAGUGGCAAUACAAAUACAGUACGUACUGGUGUUAACAGUAAGAAUCAUGUUACUCCACAGCAUGUACCGAGUACACUGUUUUUGGAGCGUCGUGAAAAAAUUCUCUCCGAUCUUCGAGAGAAUAAAAAUGACAAAAGUCUUGCGGGUCGUGUGGAUCCACAAAUAGCACCACUUGUGAUGUUUAUUAACGAAAACUUCACUUCUUACGUGACAUCCAGUUCCUGUUCUGGGCGGGCUUCAUUGUUCCACAAGGGCCUUACAUCUGAUCCUCUCCCAACAGAACGGGUAGAACGGAAACGGGGUUCAUUUGGUCAAGGUACGUUAUUUCAAUCGCAUGAUCGAUUUCAUGAUAUGGAGAGUGUUGUAGUGGAGCAUUUAACACCUACACUAGAGAAUUUUGCAGCGUGGCGAAAACAACAAGAAGAAUAUAAGAAUAACGAUCCUGUUGUUUACAAGACGGAAUUACUACAACUUAAGUUUGAGCCGAUGAUUAUUCACAUUCUAUGUGAAACGAUGGAGGAUGCAUCCAAGUUACUGCAGUGUGCGACGGAGAGUGGACAGAUGGAGAGCGGUGUGUUGUCCUUCUCGCGAUGGACUAAUGAGCAGCGAAAGAUAACGUGUUGUAUCACAUCAUCAUUACGUUUAGAUAUCCCGUUAUUCGCGGAGGGUCAAUGGCUGUUGGGACACGCAAACUUUAACAGCCCGGAGUGGAGGGCGUUAUUAAUGAACAGCGUGAGACAUAUGAAUAUGUUGUUUGAUGAGAAUGAGGAGCGACGUUCUCGUUUUACCUCCGAGUUGAAGACUCGAUUGCUGGGUUAA